GCUUGCCUUGCCUGCUGCCUCCAUGUCGUUCAUCCCAGGCUACUCCUCAGGCGAAGACGACGGCCCUAUAUCGGCCACCCAGGAUGUCUUCGGGCUCACUUCUCUUCCUGCGGCGAAGAAGCCGCGCAUUGACGAGCUCAGUGCAUCAGGGUCUGCCCCCUCUAUUGCCCCGGAUGCCGCGCCAGAUGUACUGGCAGAGGACCCUUUAAACCAAACAUCUCUGAUUACACGACCAACAGACACGCGCAUGAACGUGAACAUCCCGUACAAUGACAUGAUACUGCCCCUCCAAGGGCCCGAAAACCCCUUCGGAGACCGCGACCGUUUCCUCAACCAGAACGCGCUCGCUGGACAUGUUGAGGAGCAGGCCAUGACAGAUCAUUCUUUCCGACAGCAGCACCUCACACACGCCAUCCUCGGUUACUCCGCCAAUCCGUCUGUGGAUCCCAACGCCCCGGCCGUCCUCGGCUCGCUCCAGAAGGCAGAGGCGAACAACUUCGCGACCAUCGGCGCAUUAAAGGCGCCAAAGAAGGAGAGGAUGGAAUUGAAGCGGAAGCGGAAGCCGAAGGGCGAUCUCGAAGUUGUGGACGGUGAUGGUGCCUACGAAGGGCCGUGGUCGAGGUGGGAGAGCGACGAGCCACAUAACCUGCUGCUCGGCGAGGAGGUGGCUGAGGAGGAAGAGGAAGAGGAAGAGGAAGCGCCAGAGGAGCCGGUGCAGAUGAAGAAGGCGAAACCGAAGCGCGGCGCGCCGGGGCUGGAGUCGUCCGUGUUCCAUGGCAAGUCGAUGUACGACUACCAGGGCCGGACGUACAUGCAUCCCCCCAUCGCAGAGGCGCCGCAGCUACUGCAGGAGGCGGGCUCACAAGAAUCGUUCAUCCCGAAGGUUUGCAUACACACAUGGACGGGACACACGCAGGGCGUAUCGGUCAUUCGCUUGUUCCCGAAUACAGGCCACCUUCUUCUCAGCGGCUCCAUGGACACGAAAAUCAAGUUAUGGGACAUCUAUACCCACGGCAACUGCCUCCGCACCUUCCAUGGUCACAUGAAGGCUGUCAAGGACGUGACGUUCUCGAACGAUGGCCGCAAAUUCCUAUCGUGUGGAUACGAUAGGCAGAUGAAACUAUGGGACACAGAGACCGGGCAGUGCUUGAAGCGGUUCAGCAACGGCAAGAUUCCAUACGUCGUACGGUUCCAUCCGGAUGAGGACAAACAACACAUUUUCCUCGCGGGUAUGUCGGACAAGAAAAUCAUUCAGUACGACAUCAACACCGGCGAAAUUACGCAGGAAUACGACCAGCACCUGGGCCCGGUGAAUACCAUCACGUUCGUCGACGAGAAUCGACGCUUCGUCACAACCUCCGACGACAAAACGAUCCGAGCAUGGGACUUUGACAUCCCAGUGGUCAUCAAGUAUAUCGCAGAACCACACAUGCAUUCGAUGCCCGCGGUAACCGUCCAUCCAAAUAAGAAAUACUUCGCUGCACAGUCCCUUGACAACCAGAUCCUCGUAUACAGUACGGAUAACUUCAGGCAGGCACGGAAUAAGCGGUUUGCGGGACAUUCCGUCGCGGGCUAUGCCUGCCAGGUCGGGUUCUCACCCGACGGGAAGUGGAUAAGUAGCGGCGAUGGCGAGGGGAACGUCGUGUUCUGGGAAUGGAAAACAGGGCGAAUCAAAUCACGUCUUAAGGCACAUUCGAAGGUCGUUAUCGCACACGAGUGGUUGCCUCACGAGACGUCGAAAGUCGUGACGGCAUCUUGGGAUGGCCUGAUCAAGCUAUGGGACUGAACGGGAAGUGCGUGUCAAGCAUGCUAGCCCGAAUAGAAUGCGCCGCUGGUUCAAGAUAAUUCCGUCCGGCUCAGAAACGCACCUUAUAUAACUGUCCUGGCCAGGAGUAUAGAGUCGGUGGAGUGGGUUCAAUUGAUAUGCUAACAUCUCGGCGCGUGGUGACGCUCACCGAAAACUGGAAGGGUUUUGAAAGAUGUUCGUGCUCCCCGAGGUGCUUGACAUGCUUGUGAUGUCCAAGUAGGAGGGCAUUGCCGUACCAUUGUGGCCCUCCACAGCACGUCUGUUACGUUUGUUUGAUGAACGUGAAACAUCUCACAUACGUUGAGAAUUCGAGAUUGAACCCGAGCCGGACAACGUUAUGGAAAGGCACGCUUGCAGCAUGUUCCCGGAUGCGUAUGACCCUCAGUUCAUGUUCCGCG